AGAGGCGUCUCUCUAUCAAGGACUAAAUAUAAAUUGCCACGAUACUAGCGACAGUAUAUUGUUAAAUAAGCUCAACGAGAUUGAGUCAUUUGCUCGUUGACUGCUGCCGAGGGAAGACGUUACCGAAGAUAAGAUGGCGAAGCAAGUGAAAAUUAAAUAUACUCAACUCUUUAUCAACAAUGAAUUCGUGGAUUCUGUAAGCGGUCGUAAAUUUCCUACAAUAAAUCCUGCGGAUGGGAAGGUCAUUGCCGAAAUUUCAGAAGGAGAUAAGGCUGACGUAGAUAAGGCAGUAGAAGCCGCUAAAAGGGCGUUUAACAGAAAGUCAGAAUGGCGUAAAAUGAAUCCGUUCGCUCGUGGACAACUUAUUCACAAGCUCGCAGAUCUUAUCGAACGUGAUGUAGAUUAUAUCGCGUCACUUGAGACUCUUGAUAAUGGAAAGACAUAUGCAAACGCCGUCGGUGAUAUACGAGCAAGUGUCGCCUUCUUCCGUUAUUAUGCAGGCUGGUGUGAUAAAAUAUUUGGAACUACUAUACCAACAGAUGGCACCAAUUUCACAUUGACUCGGAAAGAGCCGAUCGGCGUUGUGGGACAAAUCAUCCCUUGGAAUUAUCCCUUUAUGAUGUUAACUUGGAAAUGGGCUCCUGCAUUAGCUACUGGAUGCACCAUAGUCUUGAAGCCAGCGGAACAAACACCUUUGACCGCACUUUACGCGGCUGCUCUUGCUAAAGAGGCAGGAAUACCAGCAGGUGUUGUAAAUGUCAUCCCAGGUUACGGUCCAACUGCUGGUGCAGCUAUUUCUGAGCAUCCAGACAUUUGUAAAGUGGCUUUCACAGGAUCAAGCGAGGUUGGACAUAUCAUAAUGCAAGCUGCUGGCAAAAGUAAUCUUAAGCGCGUUAGCCUUGAACUAGGUGGCAAGAGUCCGCUUGUUAUUUUCGACGAUAUUGACGUGAAAGAAGCUGCGAAGAUAGCACACAAUGCAUUAUUUGGAAAUCACGGGCAAAAUUGUUGCGCAGGAUCGCGUACAUUCGUGCAUUCUAAAGUAUAUGACGAGUUUGUAAAACAUGCUAAGCAACUGGCACUCGAUAGAAUAGUAGGAGACCCAUUUGACCAUAAGACGCAACAAGGCCCACAAAUCGAUCAAGACAUGUUUGACAAAGUGAUGGGCUUAAUUAAAUCGGGCAAAGAGCAGGGCGCUGUUGUGCAAACUGGCGGAGAACGCAAAGGCGAUAUCGGUUUUUUCGUGCAGCCUACGGUGUUCUCAAACGUAACUGACGACAUGAGAAUCGCCAAAGAAGAAAUUUUCGGGCCAGUUCAAUCGAUUUUGAAAUUCAACACCAUGGAUGAAGUCAUCGAUCGUGCAAAUCGCACCAACUACGGUCUUGCUUCUGGCAUAAUUACUAAAGAUAUUAAUAAAGCUUUGACAUUCGCCCAAGCUGUGGAAGCAGGCAGCGUUUGGGUCAACUGUUACGAUGCCAUUACACCCCAAACACCAUUCGGUGGAUUUAAACAAUCUGGAAUAGGACGUGAAUUGGGAGAGGAAGGCUUGAAAGAAUAUCUUGAAAUAAAAACAAUCAACAUUAAGAUCGCAAGUGAAAAUUAAUUUUUGACAGUUCAUGAUGAAAGUUUUUUUAUAUAUGCUUUAACAUUGUAUAACUCAAAUAAUUGCUAUAUGUUACAAUUACUUUAUACAAAGCUCUUGUAGUAGUAUGUCAAUUUAGUACACAAAAUAAAUUACUAUAUAUACUUGCA